CUAAAAUUUCUUAUUUUAAAAUUCAGAUCUUGAAGCAGAUACAUGGGUGAAAUUACUGGUUCAAGAAUCAUUUUUACCUCAGCCAGGUUUGGCCACUGGCGAACCGGAUGUAUUAAGUCCAGGAAUACAAAAGGAGUUACAAGAACAAUUUCAUGUUUAUCUCAUGCCAACACCCAAGUUAGACGAAUUUGGCGAAUGCUUACUGCAGGUAACUCAUGAGAAUAUAUAUUUAUGGGACAUUAGUAAUCCUAGGUUGAAAUUGGUUGCUUGGCCACUCACUGCACUUAGAAGGUAUGGCAGUGAUCCGACAAAAUUUACUUUUGAAGCAGGCAGACACUGUACAACUGGUGAAGGAAUGUUUGUAUUUCACACAUUAGAAGGAGAAAAAAUAUAUCACAAAGUACACCAAGCAACACUGGCAAUUGCCGAAGCUCACCAUCGGUUACGGAAAAGUGAAGACAGAGCAAACGGUGCAGUGCAGUCUCAGGAAUCUUCAAACAGAGUAUCUAUUCAAAGUGCUCCCAGUUCUCAAGAUACUUCUUCUUACAACAGUGCAUUAGAACUGCAAAAUUAUUUUCAAGAUGGUGGGCAAGUUGCCGUUGAUGGACAACCGAGUACGAGUGGUGGUAACAAACAACAGUCUGGAGACGAUGCGUUUCGCAAGAACUUACAAGUGCCACCACCAUCAUCAAAAUGCAGCUUGCGUUCUCAUUUAUUACAAUACACCUCAAAGCAGUGACAAAUCACAUCUUGAAAUGAUAGUAGAGAGAUUUGUACAGAUAUGGAAACAGCAAACUGCAUUGAAGUUGCAUUUAAAAAGUACAAGUCACAUUGAUACACUUAUAUUAUUGACUUAAAAGUCAAAUUUUUCAAGGCAGACUCAUGAUAAUUUUAAAAGACUAUUGUUUAUGUAAAUGAUUAUUCAAAGUUAUAUUAACAUACAUACACACACAUACAUACAUACACACUGUUUAUAAAAGAAUAUACAUUACUGAAAUUCAUAAGAUUACUUCCGUCCAUAGUUUUUAAAAUUUUUUGUUGUAGAACUCCUUUCAGUUUUUAAAUUUGUAUAUUAGAGGCUUUUUGAGAAAGGUCUUAUUGAAUGUUAGAUGCUGUUUAAAAUAGUUUAUAUUAUUUAAAGGAAUUUAUAUUUCCAUUAUUGGAAGGACAAUCAUUUUUUUAAAGGAUUAUUUUAAAAAAAUAGAGUUUAAUAGAUAAAAUUAACACAUUUGCUACAUUUUAUCUAAUAACUGUCAUUUGUAAAUGUGUACUGAGAGAAAUGAUUUCAUGAAGGCCAUGAAAAGAAAGUAUAGGUCAUAGCAAUUUGAAUAGCAUGGCUGUGAUUGACUUUCUAUUUAAUGCAGUUUAUAAUAAAAAUUAGCUAGAUAAUAUGUGUAGGCAGAUGUGUUAAUUUGUUAUUUAAUAUUCUAUGUGCAGCUGAUAAUUUUAUGACAAAAUAUUUAACACUUGUUGAGAUAUAUAUAUACAUAUAUCUCCUUCAAGUAUUCCUGAAUUGGAAUGUCUAAAUAGAUAUUGAUAUUAUUAUUCUUUAAUGCAUUUGUAAAAAUUUUUAUUUUGCUAAUUGUCUUUUUAAUUUGGCAUUCUUUAUAUUAAUUUUUAUAAAAGUAAACAUCCCUUAAUGCAAAUGUACAGCUAAUUCAGUUAAUAGUGUGUGAUAUGACAAAUUUGUUAAUAUCAGAUUGUUUUGCAUUUCUUGUUAAAUGGAAUUAUCGUCAUCUUCAAUUGACAAAUUUUAGUGUCUGUUUACUACCCCUGAUGAGUGGUUUUUGUAAAGAUAUAUAUAAAAUCGUGAAUAUCAUUGCAUUUCAUAGAAUUGUUUAUCACAUUUCAGAUUUUUAAGUAUUGUAAACUUUAAGAUAGAUAUAUAAAAACUUAAAAUGUAAUCAUUUGAAUAAAAUAUUUAAAUAACAA